AUGGUGGGUGCUUGUAUUCGGCUGUCGGCGAACCAAACUUUUGACUUAUUAAUUGACGCGUUCAUCGCGCGUUUUGGUGUUGGUGGCUUGGCGAACCAGACUUUUGGCGGCUGGCUGAACGUCGAUCGUGUGGAAUUUCUGGGAAUAUUGGCGGUGCAUUUUGUGGUGUAUGGGGUUUUGGGACGGGGCGUUAGUGGGAGUGCUAGGGAUUGCGUCGUUACUAAAUUUAAUCAGCUGACGCACGGUCUCGCCUAA